AUGGCUUUCAGGCGAGCCUUAUCUAUAAGGUCCACACUUAUCGGUCGACGGAAGCAACUAUCUUAUCAUAUCAUCCCUCGUGAGAAUGACCAUGAAGGGGACUCAUUCACAUCGCAAAGAAGUUACCAUAGCUUUCUUCACCAGAGAUCCUCUAUCAGCUCAGAUUUCUCCCAGAUUCCGGGAGGAGGCUCACAUGUGUCCCUGGCUCCUACGUCUGCUUUUGCUUUCUAUCGCUACAUGUCAAGUGCACACGGUGUCGGUUCAGAGAAGAUCGGUGUGAUGUCUGAUAUCGCAGAAGUCAUAACAGAGUCAACAUUGCAAGAUGUGCCAGCUCAGGCUGCUGCUGCGGUCAGUGAAGUCGCACUUGCAGCCAAUGACUCUUUCUUACCCAUCGCCGCUCUUCAGCAUUGCAUCGAUAUGGUGCAUACAUUCACAGGUUUUGAGUGGUGGGCAUCCAUUGUUCUAGCAACCAUUGUGAUCCGAUCAUCAACAGUUCCUCUCUUGAUCAAACAAAUGAAAGACACAACAAAGCUAUCGCUGAUGAGGCCGCGAUUGGAGUCCAUCCGGGAGGAAAUGCAAAACAAGGGAAUGGACCCCGUUACGAUGGCAGAAGGUCAAAAAAAGAUGAAGAAUUUGUUUAAAGAAUAUGGUGUCACUCCGUUCACCCCAAUGAAAGGGAUGUUUAUUCAGGGACCUCUGUUCAUCUGCUUUUUUCUUGCUAUUCGAAAUAUGGCAGAGAAGGUACCUUCAUUCCAAACCGGAGGUGCGUUAUGGUUUACCGAUCUAACAACACCCGACAGCUUAUACAUCUUACCGGUUAUAACAGCAGCGACAUUCUUGAUAACCGUUGAGUGUAAUGCACAAGAGGGCAUGGAAGGAAACCCAAUGGCAAGCACUGUCAAAAACGUUUGCCGUGGUUUCGCUCUCCUCACAGUCCCCAUGACGAUGAGUUUUCCACAGGCCAUAUUUUGUUACUGGAUCACAUCCAACCUGUUCUCUCUCACGUAUGGACUUGUGAUUAAGCGUCCUCGAGUGAAGAAGAUGUUAAACAUACCUGAUCUGCCUCCACCUCCUCCAGGUCAACAACCUUCCUUUGACCUGUUUUCAGCUCUCAAGAAAAUGAAAGCCAUGACGCAGGACUAUUCACAGAACCAGACACAACCACCUUCCCCGGUAAACCCGAGGAUCUCCUCAACAUCGUUGAGUCCUGUUAGUAAGAGGCUCAAGGCUUUGGAGAGCCAAGUUAAGGGAAGGAAGAAGAACAACAGCAGCAAGAAGAGAUGA